CCCCGGAGCCCAGGGACCGGGUCCAGCCGUGGACCCCCGCGCCACUCUCCCUGCCGGCACGGAGCCGCACUGCUGCGCGAACGAGGGGAGGACACUUCCAAGGCGACCGGGAGGCCCCAAUGCGAGCCAGCCUCCUGGGGCUGCGCGGGCGCCGGAACCCUGUUGUCAGGGGCUCUAAGCGCCCCGGGAAACCAGAAGUUGGCAACGAGCUCGCGCACCUUCGUUAUUUUUCCCUCCGGAAGUUGAGAUGCCCUCUGCUCCCAGGGGUUCAGGUUGCGACCUCUGACCCCGGGUCCGGGAGGAAGUACUGCUAGUGGCCGAGGAACCAGGGGUGGAGUGGACAGGGCCGCCCCCAGCCUCUCCCCAACGGCGGGAGGCGCCGAGUCCCCCGCGGACCCGGGAGAAGAGCCAAGGGCUUGUCUGCUCUUGGGGCUCAGAUGGUGGUUACAUGUUAUCACGGCCUGACAGUUUUAGCCAAGAAAGUAACAGCAGCGACACCCGCGGCUUGAGCAGAGUGGCUCUGCCACCGGUUCCCGAAACGCGCCCGCGGCGUCAGCUCCCUUCUGUAUGAGAUGUGGGAUCACUAGGCCGCACCGCAUUCUGGUCCUCACCUGCACGGUCACCGGGUCGGCCCUCCUGUGGUGGGCCUUCAGCCUGUCCACCUGGGCGAAGGUGGACGUCCCCGACAGCCCCCAGGUCCUGUUCAGCGCCCUGUUUGCCAUCUGCAGCCAGGAGGUCAGGUGCUGGGUUCCUCCAUCCAGGUCAUACUGCUUCACAUUUGGUCGAAUUUUCAUGAUCAGCGCCCUUCUUCUCUCCUUCUUCCUGAACAUCACACUCCUGGCCUUCCCUCAGGCCCUUCCCGAUACCUGGAAACAGUCCUUUGUCUUCACCAUCACCUGCUUUAUCGUAGGUGUCUGUGUGCUCCUCGCGUUGCUGCUGCACUCUCUGUAUAUUUGGAAAGUAACUGACAUAUUCAAGGAAGCGAAAGUCACCUUUCUCUACCCCUCUUUCGUCCUCUCCGUCAGCAUCACGCUGUUCUUCUUGUCUGGAAUUCUCUGCUUCGUCAGCGCCCACCACUGUUGGUUUCAGUGUGUUGUGCAGCGGCCGAUUCAGGUGAAACCCAUGCAAACACCCAUGGCCAGUCCUUGCCCUGUAGCCGUCACCGAGACCAGACCGGGUGGAGGCAGCUAGCCUGCCCUCCGUGCGAGCGGGCUAACCUGGAAACCUCCUGUCUAGCCUGCACCUCGAGACUUCCCAGCUCCACACUCUGUGGAAGAUGAAGAGCUGGCCCACUCCUGGCCAUCGUUCUGAUGAGGAUUAGGAUUCCGGGCACUUGGGUUUUCACGAGAGAGAAGACACAGUCGGGGCUGGGGAGUGAUGGUCUGCUUCGGGUCUCAAAGACUUGGAAUGAAAACCUCCUCUCACCUUGGACCUGACCAAGGCCCACCCCAUCAUCUCAGUGUUUCCUGUGUCCUGCAAGGCGUGUCCUAACAGCGAGAAGCUCUUUCUCCACCCGUGUGGCCUGAGUUUUGAUAUAAAUUCUCUGCCCUCUGGUAA